AUGGCUGUGGAUUCCUCCGCCCAGAAAGAACAUCAAAUUCGAGAGUUUGUCGACGGGAAUGGAAACGUGGCUGUUGGUGUGAAGUUGCAUAAAAAACCGAUUAGUGAGGAUCUUAACCGACAUUAUCCUCUAGAGAUUUCGCCGAUUCUGUUUGAAGAGUCUUCACUUCCAGCUGGACUGCACAGUUCACAUGCUCGAGAUGUUUAUAGUAUUUCUGUGUUGCCUGAGGAAGGUGGAAACAAAAACUGUGCUUCACCACUAGCUUUCGUAAGCAUCUUAGAGGUUCCUAAUCAAGCUAAAAGUCCAAUGUGCUUAGAUUCUCCCUUAAAUUGCCAAAACUGCAUCGAUUUUCAAAUGAAGAAUGAGGAUGUUUAUUCCCAGUGCACGAUUGAUAUCCCUAGUGUGAAUGGAAAUUCAGUUUCACCUGAAUCCUAUGAAGAGGCAGUUGAAUGUUUUAAAACUGGGAACUCACCGACUAGUGUACUGUGGAGAGAAUCAAGUUUCAAGGGAGGAAAACUUAUGCAGAGUCUGGUGAAUGUCAGCAAUCCAAGAGAUAAACCAGUCUCUGAGAAGCUACAUGAUUUACCGAAUAACAGAUGGAGAAGAUAUAAGCGUGCUGCCUCAUUUGAUUCACGAAAAGUUGCUCUGCUGUUUUCAAUAUUGUCAAGUUUCGGAACAUUGGUGUUGAUAUAUCUGACAUUGAGAGUUAGGCAGAGGGCUGAUGGCCGCAUAACUCCUCCACUAAAAAAACAACAAAUUAUGAAUGAUUUAGAAACUGACGUGUUUCUCACACACUAA